AUGACUUCUGUUGCAAUCACUAAGCCAACUGAAAAACCACUUCCGUUCUUAUAUCAGUUCACAGCGGGAGCUGUAGCAGGAGUUAGUGAAAUACUUGUAAUGUAUCCAUUAGAUGUUGUGAAGACAAGGUUUCAAUUACAAGUUGGUACAGGUGGAGGAGAAGCAUAUUCUUCUAUUUUAGAUUGUUUUCAAAAAAUCAUCAAGAAAGAAGGAUUUAGCCGUCUUUAUCGAGGAAUACUUCCACCAAUUCUCGUGGAAGCACCUAAAAGAGCAAUUAAAUUUUCAGCGAACGAACAAUAUUCUACUUUAUUAAAAAAAAUUUAUGGAGUAGAUAAAAUGAAUCAACCAUUAUCUAUUCAAGCAGGUAUUGGAGCAGGAUGUACAGAAGCUGUUGUGAUUGUUCCAUUCGAACUUGUCAAGAUUCGUCUUCAAGACAAAGCAAAUACUUCUAAAUAUAAUGGAACAUUAGAUGCAUUAAGUAAAAUUGUUAAAAAUGAAG